AUGCGCAAGUUGACCAUAGUCUUACUAGUGACUGCGAUAGCCGUUGUGGUUGCUGCAAAGAAAGGAAAAGCACGUAACGACACAUCAUCAAGCUCAUCCUCGAGUUCCGAAGAAGCAAAAGAAGGAUCCGGUGAAACGACAUUGAAGAAGGUUAAAGCGGGAGUUGAGAAAUUGGAGAAAGAAGAAGCUAAAAAGUCUGAGAAAAAGGAAGAAAAGAAGUCUGCGAAGGAGAAAGAUGAUUCUGAAGAAGGAAGCGGAGGAGGAAAGCUAUGAAGAUAAAGAGAUGAAGGACCAACUCUAAAGUGCUUUACCUGUCUUGCCUCAACUCAUACCGGGAGAUCCGGGAGAUGUUUGUUCAUAUGUAUAUUCUUUUCAUUGCAAUAUUAUCAUUGUAUAAAUGUGCAAACAUAGGAUCACUGCGCCUCCUUCAGAUGAAAUUUUCUUCAUUCUUGUCGCAAAAAAAGUUCGACAUAGCACUAGGAACUUCCCAGCUCAAUUCGUUCCCUGUAUAAAGCC